AUGGCACAAUCAUCUGCCGCCAAUGGAAGACCUUGUUCAGAGAAGAAAACUCUAGAUGACCAGGCAAGAAAUACAGAUCUAGACAAUGAUAAUGACGACACCAUAAUUGAGCGCCUGGACCUUGAGGCAAGUGAUGAAGAGAAAUACAGUACGGUUCCCACGAAAACAUCAAAUUCGAAUGAUAAUGCACAUAUAGAGAGCAAUGUUAAUGUGAAUCUACGAUUCCACAAACUGUCAGCUCAUGAGAUCGAGGAAGAUGAUGAGGAAGAUGAUGAGCCACCCAUCCUCAAGUACACCAGGCUAAAUGCCCUACCGCCCAACUUUUUUAGAAAAGAUCCCAUUUCCACGCUGUAUUACGACGAAAAUUUGUUUAUCUUUGGCACGCAUACUGGUUUGCUUCUCUUUACGAAGCCUGAUUUUACUCAUAUACGAUCUUUCCGAGCACACAAGGCAUCCGUUCUUUCUCUAUAUACUGACGGCACGUACUUCGCAAGCGGGUCCAUGGACGGAACUGUUGUGAUUGGAUCUGUGGAUGACGCUAAUGACAUUGUCAUGUUUGACUAUAAACGACCUGUGCAUGCUGUUGUUCUUGACAAGAACUACCAAAAAAACCGAUCGUUUAUAUACGGCGGAAUGAGUGGGAAAGUCGUGUAUUCAUAUAAGUCAUGGCUUGACCAACGAACAGAGCUUGUAUUGGACGAAGAGAAUGGAGUAAUUGUCGGUAUACAAGCAAUUGACGACCUUCUCUUGUGGAUGAAUGAUAAGGGCAUCACAAUCUAUCAUGUUACAACGAAGCAGGUAAUCACAACAAUAACAAAGCCUUCAGACUCCUUUCGCAGUGACCUCUACUGGCCUCGAAUUUGCUUUCCUGAGAGUAAUAUGCUCCUUAUUGCGUGGGGCAACUAUAUCUGGUCUUUAAAGGUCUCUUUGAAGGGCACCAGUGGAUCAGGUGCUGGUACAUCAAUAAGAAGCAGGUAUUUGCCAUCUGCGCCUUCUCUUUCCUUUAGACUGUCUCAUGAGAAGAAGGUUGAAAUUAAACAUGUCUACAAGAUGGACUUUUUGAUUUCGGGAAUUGGUAGCUUUAAAGAUGACCUCUGGAUUGUCCUUGUCUACAAUCAACCAGAAAAGAACGAGGAGACAGGCAAAAUUCAGGCUCAAAAUCCUGAUAUCAAGCUAAUAAGCUCAAUUGAUGGAGCUACAGUACACGAAGAAGAGAUUGGUUUUGACUUCACCGACAACCUCGGUCUUAAUGAUUAUCAUCUUGGAAAGCACAUUGGGGAGAGGUCGGUGCGCUACUUUAUCAUGAGUGCAAGGGAUGCUAUUGUUGCGGAACAAAUUCAACUAGAUGAUCGUCUUCAAUGGUAUCUUGACAGAGAAAUGUACUUAGAAGCUUGGCAAAUGAGUCAACACAUCGUGUCGCCUAUCAAAAGACUAACGUAUGGUGUUUCGUAUAUUGAUAGUCUCUUGAAGCAGGAAAAAUGGUCAGAAGCGGCCAACAUGAUGUUAAAUAUUCUUCACGUUGACCCCUCUGAUUUUCCAUUGACAGACACAAAAAGCACAUUGGGAUCAAAAGCCUCCACGACACUGUUGAUUGAAGACAGGGAAGCACUUGUGAAGGAGAUAUCUACAUUAUGGAUCAAAUGGAUAUCUAAAUUUAUCAAAGCUGGUCAUGUUGAAGAAAUUGCAUCAGUCGUACCAGCAGAUACUAGAUGGAACCUCCCUAAGAAGCUCUUUUCUGAAAUCCUAGACUAUUGGAUUGAUCGAUUACCAAAGAGCUCGAAAUUCUACGAUUUGAUCAACACUUGGGAUAUUGACCUUUACGACAUCACGCUCACCACAGCUAAAGUGGAAUCUUAUCUCGAGCAGCACGAGGAUGAUACAAGGUUGAGAAAGCUACUCAUUGCACUCUACGAAAGAUCGUAUAAUCCUCGCAAGGCUAUCCCACACUUAAUUCAUCUCAAGGACCCUAAUAUAUUCGGCUUCUUGACUUCAAACAGUAUACUACCAUAUUUCAUUGACGAAAUCCCUACCUAUAUUACGUUUCGUUUCGAGAAGCCCUCUGACUUGGAACUUCUACCAGUGAACAAAGUUGGAGCAAAAUUACAGGAUGUUAUCGAGCUUUUGGUUGAUGCCAGACAUGAAAUUUCUCCUUCAAAGGUGAUUCAAGUAAUGUCGGAUAACCACUUAGACGUCUUGAACUACUUUUACAUCGAGGAGUUGGUCAACAUCGACGAACUACUUGUGAAAAACCUCGAGAAUGUGCGUGUGCAACUUUACGGUCAGUACGAUCGCUCAAAGCUUCUUCCAUUUUUGACAUCUCAUGAUAACUACGAUAUUUCUAAGGCCAUCGAGAUAUGCGAAAGAAACUCAUUAAUCGAAGAAUUGAUUUAUUUGUUAGGCAAGGUGGGAGAGAACAAGAAAGCCAUGCAGCUUAUAAUGGAACAGCUCAAUGAUCCAAGAAGGGCCAUUCGAUUUGCUAGGAUUCAAAACGAUCGAGAGACCUGGGACAUUCUUUUACUGCAUUCAUACACAAGACCUGAAUUUAUCAAGGCAUUGAUUGAACUAGCAGAUGACAAGUCAAAUGAGUAUUACAAUCCCAUAACUAUAUUACAAAACAUGAACACAGACGUUGAGGUGGAAGGUUUGAAAGAUUCUGUCAUCAAAGUCGAGAAGGAAAACGAAAUGACUAAGAUCAUGAAUGACUUGAUUUUGCGGAUUAUCAUGAAACGAUCCCAACAUUAUUCUCAAACGUACUAUAAAGACAUGAUUCGGGGGAUCAGUAUCGACGAAAAAGACUUUGAAUAUCUUGCAUCAGAAUACGAGGCGCUUGCUGUUCUCGCUGAUACUUCAGAGGGGAAGUAUAGACUUGCCAAAGAAACUGAGCUUUUGCCUGAUUCAACUUGGGCUAAGAAAUCCUUCACUUCCUUAGGACCCAAACUUGAGCAUUUGAAAGCGUUGCGUCAAGCUUUGAAGUUGCAAAACUCAUGA